AUGGAUUUGCCAAUGACAAGAAUGAUUGAAAGACGGAUUGGACCAUCAGAUUUAUCACCGCAAACAGAACCGUUGGAUUUGUCAAUGCCAAGAACACAUAUGGGGAUUCAUAAAUUUGAGGAGCCACAAAUAGAAUCGUUAAAUUUGUCAAUGACAAGAAUGAUUGAGAAACGCAUUGAACCAACAGAUCUAUCAGCGCCAAGGGGAAGUGGGAGACAAGUAGAACUCAGCGAAAUUGAUCAGAAUGACGCAAGACCGUUGAACCUACCAGUUCAAGAAGUUACAAACCUCACAAAUGCAAAACAUGCGGGAAGGGUUUUGCUUGGUCAUGGGAUAUGA